UUGCUGGGCUGAGUCAGUCAGUCUGUCGGAGUCUGUCCUCGCAGCAGGCGGAGUGAAGGGACAUCUGAGAGCCAGCUGUCCGAUUAUUGUUUCCCCUCCCUCUCUCCCGCCCCACAUUUCUCUUCACUCUUCUCCCACCUUUGCUCGCGUAGCCAUGGCGGAGCCGUCGGCGGCCACUCAGUCCCCGUCUGUCUCCUCGUCGUCCUCUGGGGCCGAGCCGUCCGCGACCGGCGGCGGCGGGAGCCCGGGAGCCUGCCCCGCCCUGGGGGCGAAGAGCUGCGGCUCCUCCUGUGCGGAUUCCUUUGUUUCUUCCUCUUCCUCUCAGCCUGUAUCUCUAUUUUCGACCUCACAAGUGCAUGAUCUGAUUUUCUGGAGAGAUGUGAAGAAGACUGGGUUUGUCUUCGGCACAACGCUGAUCAUGCUACUUUCCCUGGCCGCUUUCAGUGUCAUCAGUGUGGUUUCUUACCUCAUCCUGGCUCUUCUCUCUGUCACCAUCAGCUUCAGGGUCUACAAGUCUGUCAUCCAAGCUGUACAGAAGUCAGAAGAAGGCCAUCCAUUCAAAGCCUACCUGGAUGUAGAUAUUACUCUGUCCUCGGAAGCCUUCCAUAAUUACGUGAAUGCUGCCAUGGUGCACAUCAACAGGGCCCUGAAACUCAUUAUUCGUCUCUUUCUGGUGGAAGAUCUGGUUGACUCCUUGAAGCUGGCUGUCUUCAUGUGGCUGAUGACCUAUGUUGGUGCCGUUUUUAAUGGAAUCACCCUUCUGAUUCUUGCCGAACUGCUCAUUUUCAGCGUCCCAAUUAUCUAUGAGAAAUACAAGACCCAGAUUGAUCACUAUGUUGGCAUUGCCCGGGAUCAGACCAAGUCAAUUGUUGAAAAGAUCCAAGCAAAACUUCCCGGAAUCGCCAAAAAAAAGGCAGAAUAAGCACAUGGAAACCAGAAAUGCAACAGUUACUAAAAUACCAUUUAAUAGUUCUAAUGUUGUUACUUGUAUUAUGAAGGAACAUGCUCAGCGUCAGCUUGAGCCUGCAUUCCAAGCUUUUUUUUUUUUUUAAUUUGGUGUUUUCUCCCCUCCUUUCCCUUUACCCUCAGUAUCAAGCACAAGAAUUGUUGGACUAAAAGAAGAACUAUCUUAGAACCCAAAAGAAAAAGAAAGAAUCAAAUUAAUAGAAUAAAUCAAUAUCUUAGUGGUAGUAGAGCUUUUACCUGUAGCUUGAAAGGGGAAAGAUUGGAGGUAAAGGAGAAAAUGAAAGGUAGAACACAUCUCUUGGGUCCUUCUAUCCAGUUUUCAAGGAUUAGUCUUACACAGCUUCCCAUUAUAGUUUCGCCCUUAGUUUUAAGUUAAGAAAUAAUGAUUAACUUAUGAAGAAAUUAUUUGGGGACAGGAAUGGGAUUCCUUCAAGGCCCUUGGGUUUUUUGCAGCCCUUUCAUUCCAUCUUCCUGCCCCACGAUGUGAGCAGCUACUCCUCAUCUUUCUCUCCUUCACUUAAUGGUAUAACUUUCAACUCUCAUAAUAACUUAUAGGUGAUAGUGAAAAUUCCUGAUUCCCAGAAUGCCCCCUGAUAAAUAAGAAUGGAAAUAGAAAGUGAGACUGGAGAGGGAGUCAGGAGGAGCACCACUGUGGCUGCCACUCCCUCUGCCACUCAUCCCCAGGAAGGAAAGGCUCUGCCCUUUGGGAAGGUGGUGUCUGUGUCAUUUCUCUCAGACAUCAGUGCUGAGCAUUAGUUUAAGAACUCAUUCCCCAAUGUGCUUUCCUCCCUCUCCCCUGCCCACCUCACUUCAAGUUUAAUGAAUAUGGUUGUUCUUUUCUUACUAUGAAAUAAAUGUCUGUAACUGCUGUA